CAUCCCGGAGAUUGGUGGCAGACGUCUCCUUCAAGUGGGUGGUGGCCUGGCCGCCUUUCUGCGCGCUUGCGUGGGAGGGCCAGCAGCAAGAAGGAGCUCGUCUUCAGGAAAGACUAAAGUCUAGGAAAAGUGUUGCGGGUAUCUUCGCGCCCGGGGCUCGGAGAAUGAUUUGGAGCCGGCACUCAGGUGCGGAACUAACCCGGAUCCGGAGUUGUUCGGAGUAGGUUCGGCUUCCGAUCAGACGCAAGGUGCAACAGGAAAAAAGAAUUUACUGAUCAAGUCUUAGAAUGGACAGUUAUUUUAAAGCAGCUGUCUCUGAUUUGGACAAAUUACUUGAUGAAUUUGAACAGCAUGCAGAUGAACUUGAAAACAGCAGCACUAUAAAUCUUUGUAACUCUGAGUACCACUUAGUUUUGUCAGAUUCAUCUUGCCAGCAGCCAAAAUCCUUUGAGCCAAAUGUGGAAAAAAAUGUCAAUUGUGCUGUAUCAGAUGCAUGCUCAUUGUCUUCUCAAACUACAAAAGCAGCAAGUUUUGAACAAUUGAACUCUGACCAGAAUGAGAAAAAUGUUACUGGUUUAGAUCUUCUGUCCAUGGUGGGGGAUGGUUCUUCAGAUAAAAAUCAGUCGUCUUGCUUGAAGGGAUGCAGUAUACCUGUCUGCGAUCUUAUCAAUGACACAGGUGGUUUGAGCCAACUAAAAAAUAAUGUAGGAUGCAUUCAAAAGUUGCAGCCAGAGGAGUCUCAGUACGGUCUUUCAGUUGAUGGCUUUGGUUUAGCACUACUAUCAACCAAAGUUAAUAAUACAAUGGUUGAUGAUCACAUUUCUGAUUCUGGUACACAGCAACAGACAGAUGAAGCACUAUACAAAAUGCAAUAUGAUGCAGCAGGAGAACUUAAUCAGUGGAAAUUAAAGACAGAUACUCCUUUUGAACCAAAUAUAACAGACUGCAGUGAAGAUCAAGAAAAAACAAAAUGUUUGAAAAAUAAUAAAAUAUCUGAUCAGAAAGAACAAAUGAUAGGAACUGAUAGAGCGUCAGCUUCAGUAAUUUAUCUUUCAGCUGUGCUUGGAUCCAAAGAUGAAUCAACAUGUGAAAAGCUGCCUUGUGAGACACUAGUGGAUGAAAAUUCAAAAAGUCAAAUGAUACAUGAUGAGAGUGACAAGCAAGGCAUUUCAGAAGAUAUAAACGAAUCAGAAGCUUUGCAUUUGCCAAAGAUCCAUGAAGUGAAUAAUCCCAAUGUAAUGUGUAACAAAAACUCUUUAUGUGAUUCUGCUCCUCAGACAGAAAAUGUGCAAUCUAUGAAUAAAGAACAUAGCACAACUGACAAGUCUUGUAACUCACAGCAAGAUACUGAUACAACUUUAAAUACGGUUUCAGUACCAGAGAUCUCUGAAGACAUACAGACUUCAUUAUCCUGUCUUCCACUUGCAGUUUCUAUAUGUACAUCAUUAGUUAAUACUGACAACACAAAUGGAAAGAUUACUCAGAAAGAAGAUGCCAUUAGAGACAUAGCUCUGCACAGUGAAAAUAGCUUUGCUGAAGGUGAUUCUUUUGGAAAAACAGAAACUUUAGAAAAUGAGAGCAGUUUAAACCAAACCAAUGAAUGUGAGAUACAGAAAUCUUCCUUAAUAAGUAGAGAAUGUGUUGUUUCUAGUAAUUGUGAGCCUUUCCAACAUCAGGAUUUUAGUGUGACUACUAGUCCUUUUUUGGCUAAAGAUACUGAAAUGUGCAGCAAUGUUCAGCCUAUUGACGUUGAUGAAAGACCUUUUGUUGAUCUAGCUUUAGAAGAAGACAUUAUUGGAAGCAACAUGCUCAUUAGUGACAGUGAACUUGAUGCCUUUUUGUCUGAACAUUGUUUUGAAGCAAAUAAUUCAAAGCCUCUAAAAGAAGAUACUAGCAGUGGACUUUUGGAAUCUGAUGUAAUAAAUGACAAGUUACUGGAUAUAAGCAAUUUGAAUAUCAAUAGUGACAGCAUUCAAGCAGAAUUGGAAUUUAAGAAAGCAAAAGCCUAUAAUGAAAAUAAUUUUAUCAGUAUUCCAGAAUCUAGUUUAGGUAUCCUAGUGAAAAAACAAACACAGCAGGUUCAACAAGAGACUAUAGAUAACACAACUGAGAUUGGAAGUGAAGUUUCAGGUUCAUUAAAUGGCCAGCCAACAGUGCACAGUGGAGGAGCAAGACCAAAGCAGCUACUAAACCUUCAACCAAAAGCCACAAUCCCUUCUGAGUUUAGCAAUAAAAAUACAUCUGGGAAUGAAUCCCAAAUGAUAAAUUCCACAGACUCAAAUAACUUUGUCUCAGAUGGUAAAAUUUCUCCUGAAUCAGAUGUUAGCCAUAAUAGACAAAGAUGCUUGGGAAACAUAGAAGAAAAUGUCUUACCUAUGGUUUCAGAGCCAAAGAAAGUAGUGGGACGAGCUACAGCCUUGGGACAAAAGCAGCCAUCCUGGGUUCCUGACUUAGAAGCAUCAAAGUGCAUGAAUUGUCAAGCCAAAUUCACAUUUACAAAAAGAAGACACCACUGUCGUGCCUGUGGGAAAAUAUUUUGUGCUCCCUGUUGCAAUCGAAAAUGCAAACUCCAAUAUCUGGAUAAAGAAGCGAGAGUCUGUAUAAGCUGCUAUGAGUCCAUUAACAAAGCACAGGCAUUAGAAAGAAUGAUGACCCCAACUGGUCCAUCACCUAAUUCUGUAUUGUCUGAAUCUUCAACUGUUCCAUCUCUGCAGGAAACCCAGACAUCUGGAUUGCUCCCUAAAGACCAGAGAAGAGUUUGGUUUGCAGAUGGAAUUUUACCCAAUGGAGAAGUUGCAGACACAACCAAAUUGUCAUCUGGAGUCAGGCGAUUCCCACAGGAACCUGUUGGAAGCCCAACAAAUGAAACUCUCUCUGCAACUGAUACCAAGUCAAAAGAUGAAAUACAUGAACAAACUGGGGUUGCAAGGGGUUCCACUUCUGUUCCACAAGAAGAUGCAUUGCCUAGUAAUGAACAGCUUGACUUAUCGCGUGAUUCUGACUGUCUGCCCAUUGCACAAACUGAAGUGCCAUGUGACUCUGACUUUGUGACCACAGCUGUUACUGAAUUUCCUACUGUUUCUGAACUAGAAAAGGAACUUCUUCCUGCUGCAACUGGUCAAGCAAUUGAUAUAUCUACUAGUAUAUUAGACUACAGGAUGCUCUGUUGUAUUGAAAACUGUGUUGGCAAAGAGAUCAGCCUUAUUCCUGGUGAUGGAUUUCCACCUCUUCUGCUUGCAAGAGGAGAAAAUGGCAAAGAGUCCUUAAUAGAAGAACAUCCUUCUAAUGAGCAAGUUAUCUUAUUGCUUGAAGAAUCUAAUCCAUUGACAUUCAUCCUAAAUGCAAACUUACUUGUGAAUGUCAAGAUGAUAUCUUAUAAUUCAGAAAAAUGCUGGUAUUUAUUCACCAAUGGAAUGCAUGGCUUGGGACAAGCUGAAAUUAUCAUAUUGUUACAUUGUUUAUCAGAUGAAAGUGAUAUUCCCAAAGAAAUAUUCAACUUAUUUAUCAACAUAUAUAAAGAUGCCAUGAAAGGAAAAUUUAUUGGAAAUUUGGAAAAUAUUAUAUUCACUGAAGAUUUUCUUGGAAGCAAAGAGCAUGGUGGAUUUCUGUUUGUUACACCCACAUUUCAGAAGUUAGAUGGUCUCAUGCUACCUUCAAAUCCCUUUUUAUGUGGCAUUCUUAUUCAUAAACAGGAAGUACCAUGGGCAAAAGUUUUUCCUAUUCGCCUGAUGUUGAGAUUAGGGGCUGAAUAUGGGGUAUAUCCAACUCCAUUGACAAGUAUCAGAUAUAGAAAGCCACUGUUUGGAAAAAUAGGCCAUACAGUCAUGGAUUUACUUGUUGACCUUAGAAACUAUCAAUAUACAUUACAUACAAUAGAUAAUUUAUUUAUUCAUAUGGAAAUGGGUAGAAGUUACAUUAAAAUACCUCUGAGGAAAUAUAAUGAGGUCAUGAAAGUAAUAAACACCUCUAAUGAACAUGUCAUUAGCAUUGGAGCAAGUUUUAAUUCUCAAGCAGAUUCCCACUUAGUUUGUAUACAAAAUGAUGAUGGAAUAUAUCAAACACAAGCGAAUAGUGCCACUGGACAUCCUAGAAAAAUUACAGGUGCAAGUUUUGUAGUGUUCAAUGGAGCGCUAAAAACAUCUUCUGGAUUCCUUGCUAAAUCCAGUAUUGUUGAAGAUGGAAUAAUGGUACAGAUAACUCCAGAAACUAUGGAGGGCUUGCGUCAGGCUCUGAGUGAAAAAAAAGACUUCCGAAUUACAUGUGGGAAAGUGGAUUCAGGAGAUUUCAGAGAAUAUGUAGAUAUUUGUUGGAUAGAAAAUUAUGAGAAAACAAACAUGAGAAUUACAAGCCCGAUAGAUGGGAAAUCUAUGGAAGGAGUAUGGAGUGAAAAAAUAGUUCAGGAAGAAUGUUUUGAAGUGGAUGAAAAACUUGUAAAAUGUACAGAAGUAUUCUAUCUGUCAAAUGUUAGUGAGCUACACAAUAGUGUUCAUCAACUGGCUAAAGAAAUUGCAUUGGCUUCUUAUAUUGCACUUGGAAAGCAUCUCAAAACACUGAAAAAUAAUGGAAUGAAUAAGAUAGGCCUCAGAGUCUCCAUGGAUGCCGAUAUGGUAGAAUAUCAGGCGGGAUCUGGAGGCCAGGUUCUUCCUCAGCAUUACUUAAAUGAUUUGGAUAGUGCUUUGAUUCCAGUCAUUCAUGGCUGGAUAUCCAAUACUACAAGCUUACCACUGGAAAUUGAAUUAGUAUUUUUCAUUAAUGAGUCUCUUUUAAUAUAACUGGCAAGUAUGUUAUAAUGUAAUGAACUGAAUUGCUCUAUUUAUCAAUACCAAAGCAGUUAACAUUACAUUAUGAAUGAAAUAGUCGAGUGAUUUUAAGCCAAUGAUUUAGCAAUCUUCUAAGAGAGCUUUAUUUAAUUAAAAGCUGUUUUUCCAUCUUUACUUAAACAGAAAAUUAAUUAUACUGUACGCUUUCUUUAUGUUCUGAAAUGUUACAUUUAAUACUGCUAAGGAAGGAAUAGAGUUAGCAUGUGUGAUUAAGGAAUUAUCUCUGUUUUACAGACAACUUUAAUAUUCUUUGCAAUUACUGGUAAAUCCAGUGAAUUGUUCUUAACCAUUUUGCGUGAUUUUUUUUUUGAAAAAAAAAACACAUUUAAAUGGAGUAGAAGCUUUUUGCUGCAUAGUUAAGUUCAAAUAUAAAAACUGUUAAUUAUUAGAAUAUUGGCAUAAUUAAUCUGUCUUGAAAAUGUUUCUACAAGUAUAAUUAUCUUUAUGACAAAACCAGUAUGUUUUUGCCAGAUGCGAUCAUUUUAUAAAGUCAUAAAUUUUUAAAAUUGAUAUAUUUUAAAGUAUAUAUUAUUGCUGGAACUUGAGAGUUCCCAUUUUAAUGGCUGGCUUUCUUAUAUAUUUAUAAUGGCUUUAAUGAACAUAAAAUUAAUACUUUUUAUAUUAAAUACUUAAUAAUGUUGUUUUCUUCUGUGCUCAGAUAUACAGUUGUUUCUUGGAUUUUCCAAGAAGGAAUAAGAAGUCAGAUGACCCUUAAAGUAGUCAUCCUGUAGCAGUAAAUCAGGCACGAAGCCUGUUUGUGGUCCUUUCUCUACUUUUUGAGACCUCUUGGUAUUCCUGUUUAUUUUCAGGGAGAACAAUGUAUUAGUUUGAAUAUUCAUGAACAAUUUGCCAUAAACCAGUUGAAGCUCUUUAUAUAAGUCUUAUUUUUGUAAUGGGUUAUUUUCAAUAAGUAAGUAUUUAUGUACCAGAAAAAUGAUUGAGAUUACUGCUUAAGUAACCUAAAUCAAGUCUGAUAAUGCCUGCAUAAAGUUGCUGUUUGUUGUGUUCUAUAGAAAAUUGUAUAUCAGUGUGUCUUUGAAUUAUUUAUGCCUAUAAUGCUAUAACGGCAAACAUACCAUAUUCUAAUUACAAUUAAAUGCCUUGACAUUAGAUGGGUCUAUGAACUGCAGUUACAAAGACAAUUUAUUGCUCAGAUAUUUGACAACUAUAGAAUAAAGACUCCAAUAAACUAGUCCCAUGGGCCAUUGUAAUGAAAACAUUGUAUUCCUUUGUAUCAAGAACUGUAAAUUUGUUGUAGACUAAAUGUUACAUAAUACACAUCUGUUUCUCUAUUCUGCUACUUUUGAACAAAUGAAGAAAGCUGCAGCAGACAACGGUAAAUGUUUGAAGUAUUGAUCCAUAAUGUGUAAAUAUGACUUCUUAAGAUACAAUUUUGCGUAACACCAAGCAUUACUGUGUUAUAACAACUUUUUGUCCUCCUGGAAGAUGAUCCUUUUAUAAAUAAUUAACAUUAGGCUUUUAUUUUAGAAUAUAAAUAUUACUACAUAAACAUAAAGAUUGUCAAAAACUUUGUAAAUUAAGCUCAUGAUGUUUUAACAAAUCAGAAAACAUUUUAAUUUUUCUAUUUAGAUCAUUUAGAUAGUUUUCUUUUAAUGAUUCAGUUCAAUUAAAUCUCAUCAGUUCCUUAUCUGUUUUUAAAAGUUUCUAAAAAGAUAUUCCAUGAAAAUGUUAGCAGCUUUUUUGAUAGCACUGAUUAGAAUAACAUAGAAUAAUAGGGUUGGGAGGUACCCUGCAGAUCUAGCCCAAUCCCCUGCUCCAGCAGGAGACCUUAUAUAAUUGCAAAUAAAUGGUUGCCCAGUAUCUUCUUGAAAACCUCCAAUGAUGGAGCACCCACAACUUCUGAAUAAUUGCUGUCAUUGUCAGGAAAUUUAUCUUUAGUUCUAAAUUGGCUUUCUCUUUAAUUAUCUUACAUCCAUUAUUUCUUGUUCUGCCCUCAGGUGCUUUGUUGAAUCUCUGUAACAGCCCCUCAAGUUCUGGAAGACGGCUAUCAUAUCAUCCAUAGUCCUCUUUAUUAGACUAGACAUAUCUAGUUCUCUCAAUCAUUCAUCAUAGUUUAGCUUCCAGACCCUUAUUUUUGUUGCUCUUCUCUAUCUUUCUAGGUUCUCAGCAUCUUUUUUGUAUUAUGGUGGCCAGAACUAGAUGCAGUGUUGCAAGUGUAGUCUCACUAGUGCAGUAUAAAGCGGUACAAUCACUUCACAUGAUCUUGAUACUAUCCUUCAGCUGAAGCAGUUUUUGACUGCAUUAGUUUUUGGGCAGCUGCAGCACACUGCUUGCUCAUACUCGAUUGGUGGUCCAAUCCCUCUCACACUGCCUAUUCUGUAUCUAUGCAUUUGUAUCUAAGUGCAGGAUCUUACUUUUCUCACUACUGAACUGCACCUUGUUGGAUUGGGCCCAGUGUUCAAGUCUGCCAAGAUCCUUCUGAAUUGUGAAUUUACGGUAUCUUCCAAAGUAUUGACUAAUUCCCCCAGCUUGGUGUUGUCUGCGAAUUUAAUGAAUCCCCCUUUAAGAAAGUGAGUACUGAGCCUAAGACAAAAACCUUGAGGUACCCCACCACAUUCUUCCCUCAAGGUAGAUGUUGUUCCAGUGAGGACUACAGUAUGGUUGGUCAGCCAGUUGUGAAUCCAUCUAGCGGGGGUAUGGUCUAUAUAUCAUUGUUGUAGCUUACCAAGAAUUAGGCUGUGGUCUAUUUUGUCAAAUGCCUUACUGAAGACUAAGUCUGAUCCACUAAUUUGGUUUAAAUUAGAUAAUGUUUGUUUUCAUUUAAUUUUUCAGUUAAUUUAAUGGCUCUUUCUAUUCACUAAAAUUGGGAGUGAUAUCUUAUUUCAUAUUACUGAAAACUUGUUGAAUAACCUGCUGUAAAAAAGCAGACUUAUGACUGCGUUGAAAGCAUAAAUAAUAAAAUGUGAGAUUGCAAGAACUUCACAUCUAAUUUUACAUACCUAAAAGAAUCUAGGUAUUUUAUUUUAAAUAAAAGUGCUUCCUUCACUAUGUUGGAAUAUGCUUUUGAGGCAGUUGGAUGGAAAGUAAAGUUAAAUGGUCCUAGAUAGAGGCCCUCUGACAAGGCCUUGAGAUCUUUUUUUUAUGGCAAAUCUUCCUCUUAUUGCCUGCAAUUCAUCUGCAGUUCACAAGUUGGACCAUCCAAAGAUGACCUCAAGGUAUGUACAAAUCUGUUAGGCAUUGUCUCUCAAAAUGACUAGAGCCAGGAUUGGGAAUAACAUGUCACAACAGCAUAAUUUUCUGCUAAGCAUUAAUGGAUGGAUGGUAUUGUAAUUAGUGGAGAAAGCUCUGUCAUUAUGUAGUUUAUUUGGUUUUAUUAUGUGAACCAUGAUUUAUAUAGUACAUGAAGUUAAAUCAGCACUGUGUAUGAAUUCAAUCAUUAUGAUUACCUUACAAUCUUUUAUAAUGUGUUAGGUAAGCAAAAGGGUUUAUACCUCAAAAUUUGUUUUAGGUUUAGUUGAAAUUACCAAACAUAGUUGACACAGUCACAUACUCCACUGAGUGGUGUUUUUGGCCUAUGUUCUACAUCACCUGUAAACAUUUCAGCUAUUCUCUGCCUAACCACAUACUUCCCCAUUUUCUCUCACUCGCUUUGCUUUCAUCUUGUCUGGUAGUUAGGUCUGCAGUAGGCUAUUUCCUACUGUCUCUUGUACUUUCUUCAAACAUUUUUCAUAAUAGUUUUAUGAUUGUAUUUAAAAACUGACCAUAUUUUCACUGGCAUUAAAUCUACCUCUACUGCAUAGUAA